AGGGUCUUGAAGUCAAACUGGAUGUUAUAGUUGCGGAGGUGAAGCAUAUCAACAGUUAUCUGGAGAGCAGCAGCGGCCAGAAAUGGUUUAGCAGGAAACCAGAAAAGGUCCGUGUGCUGAUUACUCCCACCCUGUUCUCACUGAGGGAUGUGGACACCGUUAAACAGGAGUUCUCCGCAGAACUCUGGUUUGAGAUCUUCUACAAGGAUCCAAAUCUCAAAGGGAUCAAAAAUAGAGAUGAAGUAGACUGGGACAAUCAGUGGGACCCACGGAUCGAGCUGAGGAACACAGUGACCGUUGAGAAGAACGUGACACUACGGAACCUGAUUGAGGUUGUUUUGUCGAAGUUUCCAUCGUGCACGAGUUCAGGAAGGUUAAGGCAACCUUCAAGGCUGACAUGAAACUCACCGACUUCCCUGUCGACCACCAAAAACUGACUAUCCAACUGAUGUCAGGCUGGCCACUCAGGAAGGUGGAGCUGAGAAAGAACUACGGGUCCAUCGACAACAUUAGUGAUGACGACUUUGCAGAUGCCGAUCAGUGGAAGGUGAAUGAGUACCUUGAGUGCACGCACGACACCAAACGUAACGGGCAAUCCAAAACCUUCGGCGAGUACCCGUUGUACAACAUCACGGCGCAUGUGCAGAGGAAGACGAUAUUUUACAUGUGGAACACCGUACUCAUCUUGUUCGUCAUCAUGGGCCUCUCCUUCACUGUGUUCUCCAUCCCAGCAGAAGAGCACAAAGACCGUCUCGGCAUCACCUUUACUCUCCUGGUCACGACAGUGGCCUUCAAGUUGGUUGUAUCUCAGUAUCUACCUACCGUCUCCUACUUGACUCUACUGGACAAGUAUGUGCUGGGGUGUAUUAUCUUCCAGUGCAGCGUGGCAGUGGAAAACACUUUGGCCUCAGUCUUCGGGGCCUUGCUCUUUGACAGGGUCUGUGGCUCCAUUUUGGGGGUUGUGUUUGUCUUGGCACACUUGAUCUUUGGGAGAAUGAUUUGGUUGAAGAGGAACAAGAACGACAGCGAGUUGCAAAAGAUAGAAGAGAAGUUCAAGGGCCUGAAGGAAAAAAUCGACAAAGCCUAUAAGGAGCAUGACAAGAACAGUAAGAAACCAGGGACCACCAGGUCCAACCUGAUCAUCAAGGGAUUCGCUGAUGAUGAGGUUCAAGAGUUUGAGCAAAACAACGAAUCAAAUUCUGAAGCAGCUCCCCUGAAGAACGUUUAAGACCUUCACGACAACCAUGAUGGAGGAUAGGGAGGCAACAACUUGAAUGUGCUCUGUUGGGUGAAACGUACUAGACCUGUAUAUUUGCCUACACUUUUUCUUCCUUUAAAGUUGAUUCUAAAAUGCAUGUUUUAGAAAACCCAUAAAUGUUGGUACUGUCAACUGGUGGUAAUUGGCAUGUGAAUAAGGUAACGUGAUAGUGAAUGUUUGAAGCAAAACUUUGUGUAUGCAACUCUUGAAUAGAUAAUUAAGAAUACUAUGUAAUGUAUAAGUGAGGUGGUGGUUUACAUUUUUGUACAUGAAUAAUAGAAAAAUGAAUGAUUAUAUCAUAAAUGUAUACACAAACACACACACAUAUAUAUAAGGGUACAGAGAAGAGUGUAUAUUUGUGCACACGUGUAUGCUUAUUAGAUAAGUAAUACUUAAUAUCAUCAUAUUAUGUGAUCAGGAAAUGUUGAAUUUUGGUGCCAUUUCCACUUAACAUCAAUCAAUGCACAUUUUUAGUUUAGUUUAGUCAUGGGAGUGAAGGAGGCAGUGUACAUUAGAGCCCACCCUCAACAGAGACGGGGGGCGACAUAGACUUUCUGAUACUUAUACCCCCCUCCAGCAAAAGUGGUGUGUUCCUGACGUCACUGCUGGGAUAGAAGGGUCAUUCUGUGAACAAGGGAAGACUGACCAAAAAUUUAGAGGGCUUUAGUCCCUAUGCUGUAGUGUUGGAAGUAAAGUGUUAGCAUUUUUCUAUAUCGGUUUAGUAUUUUCGUUUGAUACAGGUGUUCUGUAUAGAGCUCUAUAGUACAAUUCCAAUUCAUUCAUUCAUUCAUUGCCAUUCAAAAUUCGAACAACUGUUCUUGAAUCAAACUGGCAGACUGCCGGUUCUUUUACUUGAAUUGGUGAAUAAAGUUUUUGACGGGAUGUGCAUUAA